CCUAUUCUGACCUCCUAAUUCACAUCCGAUGCAGAUGUAGUCGACCGACUGCAAUCUGUUCAUCGACCAUAUCCUCUCAUACCUGUCUGAUUUCAGCGCCUCUCAUUUGGCAGCCAUCUGAAGCGCCUCGCGACACCAGAGAAAACCCGCGCGCAAACCUCUAUACACGCGCGAGCUGCAAUUCCAGCUUCGUACAGCUACAAAGACACCGUAUACCUACUCCUGUCGCCCAGAUGCGCAUACCCGAGACACGCUCUGAACACCGCUAGAACGGAGAGCGCGUUACUGUACACGAGAUGGAUCCAGGCCCUCACCGCAGCUGGCCGCCGCCGCACCAGCCAGGCGGGAAUGGACAUGCGAACGACAACAACCAGCAUCAGGGCCAUUCGCAGCCUCCGCGACCUGGCCCGCCUUUUGGACCCGGCACGCCGCAGCAUAACCCACAGCAAUCUCCGCCUCACGCGCCCAGUGCCCUGCCGCCGCCUGGAGGCCCUUUCGCCAGUUUCCACUCUGCACCACAUUCGCUCGCCAGUCUUGCUGGUCUCAGCCAGCAAUCGCCGAGACAACCACCUACGCAGGCGCAUCGAUCCGACGAGCGUCCACCACAGCCACCCCAGGGUCCGGGCUUUGCGCUCCCAGGCCUCGGUCAAGUGACUGGCCAGCCCAGCGUGGCAGAACAGCGCGAUCGGGAAAGAGCGCGGGAAGCUGAGCAUAUCCAGAUCAAAGAGGAAGAGGACCGCAGGCAUCGCGAGAUAGAACGACAGCGUAUGGAGCAGGCCCCGUUGCAUCAGUCUCAACAAGGUCCUCCACCUCAUCUGCAUCAGCCAGUCGCCCUUCCUCCUCGCACGAUUCAUGGCCCCAAUGGUUUGCUAGGCAACCCAAAUAUCGUAGGCCACGCGACGCAGCAGCAGCAGCAUCCCCAACUCGGUGCCCCUCAAGGACCACCAAAUGUGUUUGGUGGAGGUCCCGUGCAGCAAAGCCAGCCUCCACCUCCUCAGCAGAUGCCUCCAGGCCUUCUGGCUCCAUAUGGUCCCGGCGCGCAAGCACCGCAACCACAACAGCAGAUGGCGCAAGGACAGCAGGGCCAGGGCCAGCAGCCGAUUCUGAACGACGCAUUGAGCUAUCUGGACCAAGUCAAGGUGCAAUUUGCAGACCACCCAGACGUGUACAAUCGCUUCCUCGAUAUUAUGAAGGAUUUUAAGAGCGGCGCAAUCGAUACACCUGGCGUGAUUGGUAGAGUGAGCACCCUCUUUGCGGGCAACCCCGAGCUCAUUCAAGGCUUCAAUACCUUUCUGCCACCUGGGUACAGAAUCGAAUGUGGAGCUGACAAUGACCCGAACUCUAUUCGUGUCACAACUCCGAUGGGCACGACUGUGCAAGCUAUGCCACGAGCACCCAGCAGGAAUGGGGUGACGGAUGGCCAUAGACCCGGAGAUGGAGGAUCUUUCACACCUCAGCCCGGCACUGCACAGAUGGCAUUUUCUCCAAGUGGCAGGCCAGUAGGUCCGGUUGCACCUGGCCACCAGAACCUGUCGCCAGCGGAGACUGCCGCGCGGAGACAAGCUCACGAAGACCUUGUCACUGCACACACCAGAGAUCAGCGCGGUAUGCAGUCUUUGGGAAAUGCGGCAAGCGUGACUGCAGCAGGUGCACUCGCCGGACUUCCUGCUGGUAUCUCGCCUCGUGCUACACCUCUACCGAUGCAGAGCGCCGAGGCAAUCGCCGUCGAUGCAUCUGGAAUGGAGAAACGUGGGCCGGUUGAGUUUAAUCAUGCGAUUAGUUAUGUGAACAAGAUCAAGAACCGAUUCAGCUCGCAGCCCGACAUUUACAAGCAGUUCUUGGAGAUUCUGCAGACUUAUCAACGUGAAUCGAAGCCGAUUCAAGACGUAUACAGCCAGGUUACUCAUCUCUUCAAGGGGGCUAAGGACCUCCUUGAAGACUUCAAGCAAUUCCUGCCCGAGUCUGCAGCUCAAGCCAAAGCCGCAGAACGAGCUCGAGCGCACGCAGAGGCCGCGCAAUUGUCGGACAUGCGUAGUACUGCUGGCGAUGGGAUGUACAACAGCCCUGUCAUCUCGCGCGAGAUGGGCACACCUGCUCACACUCGUGGCUUGCCACCGGUCGGUAAUUUUGCACCUACUCCAGCCUCGAAGGACAACAAGCGCAAGCGACAGGGCACUGGUCCGCCGGAUAACGUGCCUGGACAGGCAGGGCCGAUUAAACCACAAUACAUGGCUGGGCCUCCCGGAAAGCGUUCGAAGACGAACAAUGUUGUUGCGAAAAACGAACAGCCUCCUACGUCCCCGACCCUCAUUCCUUCGCUGCCCGCCCCUCUUCCCCCCACGACUACCUCUGUGGCCACUAGCGAUGAGAUGGCGUUCUUUGACAAAGCGAAGAAGGCAAUUGGCAACAAGAAUGUCUACAACGAGUUCCUCAAGCUUUGCAAUCUCUUUACCCAGGAUCUGAUUGAUCGCAGAAUGCUCCUUUAUCGGGUAGAGUCCUUUAUUGGCGGCAAUCAAGACCUGCUGAAUUGGUUUAAGAACUGGAUUGGGCACGACGAGCGCGAUCAGAUCAUCGAAAACAAACCUCGAGUCGCGCCUGGCAGAGUGAUGCUGAGCAACUGUCGGGGCCUGGGACCGAGCUACCGUCUGCUACCGAAAAGAGAACGCCAGAAGCUAUGCAGCGGCCGCGACGAGCUCUGCAACGCCGUGCUGAAUGACGAGUGGGCUUCGCAUCCAACAUGGGCAUCUGAGGACAGUGGAUUCAUCGCACACCGCAAAAACGUUCACGAAGAGGGUCUCCACAGGAUAGAAGAAGAGCGACACGACUACGACUUCAACAUCGAGGCUGCAUCGCGCACGAUUCAACUUCUCGAGCCCAUUGCCACACAACUCAGGAGACGAUCAGACGCCGAGCAAAGAGCAUACCAGUUACCAGAGGGGCUUGGAGGUCAAAGUAACACUAUCUACAAGCGCGUCAUCUAUAAACUGUAUGGUCGCGAGAAAGGCAUUGAGGUUAUUGAGAAUCUCAGGGACCGCCCGUACCAGGUCAUUCCUAUUCUGCUGAACCGGGUCAAGGAGCGCCUCGAGACCUGGAAGAUGGGUCAACGCGAGUGGGAAAAGGUCUGGCGCGAGCAAACACAAAAGAUGUUCUGGAAGUCGUUGGACCAUCAAGCUGUACAGGCGAAGAACGUGGACCGUCGUGCAUUCCAGUCGAAAACACUACAAAGCGAGAUCAUGGUGCGAUAUGAGGAGAUGAGACGCGCAGGCUUUUCCGACCCGAUACUGUUGCGCAAGCCUCAGCUGGAAUACACUGUCGAUGACGAGGACGUACUUGCGGACGCCACGCAUCUUGUGCUCACACACGUUCGCACCUCGAUGGACACUGACCACCCAAGGUUGGCGAAAUUCAUCGAGGACUUUGUGCCACUGUUCUUCGGCAUCGACUCGACUAGAUUUCAAGCACUCUUGCAGAACAGGAGGAGCGACGAGCUCGACGAUGACCUGCCUUCUGCUGGAGACGAUGCGGCAUCUGUUGGCUCACGAAAGGGCAACGGUAAGAACGGUGGCCUUCUGCGUGCAGCGUUGGAUCCUGGUAGCCGCGGGCGGAAGCUCACAGGACAAGACCGGGAAGGCAGUCAGGCAUCAAACAGCCGUGCUUCAACGCCAGACGCUGGUUCCAAUGCUGACCCCGACGAAAUGGCCAUCGAUAGCACAGAGACGCCAGAAAUCAAAGAGGCCAGUACCACCCGUUGGCUGGAGCACCCUCUCGAGGGCAAUCUGUCCGCGGAUGGCAAGAACGUCAAUCCACUCCAGCCACAGCUGCGAAGCCUGUAUCGAUGCUGGGCUAACGGCACUUUGUACUGCUUCAUCAGACUGUUCGUCAUGCUGUACGAGCGCUUGUACAAGCUCAAGUGCGCGGAGUCGUCAGUUCGGAAAAACGUAAAGGACGCCGGCACCGCACGACCGGCCGCUGAACUCGGUCUCAUUGACAAGAUGCCAAGUGACUUCUUCUCCGACAUCUCCGACAAUGCUUCUUACUAUAGCCAAAUGGUAGUGAAGUUUGAGGAUGUGCUCAACGGCACCAUCGAGUUCGCGGAGGUCGAGGAAGCUCUCCGCCGGUUCUAUUUACAAUCAGGAUACCCUCUCUAUCCGUUCGAGAAGCUUGUGGCCACCUUGGCCAAGGAUGCCACACUCGUUAUGAACGGUGAUAGUAAAGACAAAUCUGCCGAGAUAUUCGCCCUCUACAGAAAGGACAGGCUCAAGGAGCACAGCACGGCACAACAGCAGAACGACUAUCGCAAGGCGUUUGAAAAGUUGAUCAAGGACAAUGACCUGUACCGCAUUGACUUCGACCAAAAGACGUCGCAGUUGGCGUUCUUCGUAUCCAAGCGCGAAGAUUCUAUUGCUGAUGAUGGUCUUUCAGCUCUGGACCGUGAGCAGAAGUGGCGCUACUACAUCGCGUCCUAUACCUCGAUAGACCCCACGAUCGAUGUCGAUCACAGUGCUAUGGACAUGCCAUUCCUCGUUAGUAAUAUGAAGACGUCGGGAGCAGAUCCAAUGGCCGAAUCGUUCUCGGCUACCAUGAAUGACGAAUUGAACGCAUUCCAGGCACGCUUCCUGGACGUGAAGAAUGAAGAGCGAUUGGGACUGCGAGUUGCAGUCAACAGUUACAAGACUUUCUUCACAGCAAACACGUAUGAAAGCUUUCAUGCCGACCUUCGCCGACGUCAAGGCGGGGAGGAAGGUGUGAAGCUGGGACAACAGACGAGGCACCUUAGGGAGGAAGUCGUCAAGGACCGAUACGAGUUGAACAAUGGUGGCAUGAGAGAUCUCAGCAAGGAGAGCGUGGAGAAUAAGAACUCUGAGUUUACCAGAUUGGUGGAGAAUGGCGAGCUGGAGACAGGCGGCACGGAGGCCACGCAGCAGAACGGAGAUGUCGAGAUGGAAGAUUAGUAUUCGUUCACUCGUAGUGUAUGAUGGGGCGUGCGAAAGGGCAUGACGAAAAAUGCAUGGGCGUGGUUUAAUUCUUGGGGGAGCGUAUUAUGCGCUUCGGAAAUAG